AUGUCGGCACGCCUCAAGGAGAUUCUCUCCCCCCUGCUAUUUGUAAUCUAUCUGAAAGUCGCCUUGAGAGAUUUGAAAACUUUCUAUAAUGAUUCUAUCACCGAAAUUGUAUAUGCCGACGAUGUGGACUUUGCCUCGGACAACAUAGAUGAUCUAAUUCAUCUACUAAACAAUUCCCCACGGGUGCUUAACAAAUGGUUCCUGAUAAUUAAUACUUCUAAAACUGAAUUGACGGAGAUAAAACGAAUGGACAUCAGAAUUGGUGAAACACUGAGAAACGUCAACAAACUCGGCUCCCUACUUGGAGACAGUGAAGAUAUUUCUCGCAGAAAGAUGCUUGCUACCGCGGCUCUGAGCAGAAUACGUAAAAAAUGGCUCCAAGCUUGGCCGAUAAAUCGGGCCCUCAGAUCAAGGCUAUAUAAUGCAUUCGUAAAGCCUGUUCUACUAUAUAACUCGUCAACAUGGGGGAUCUCGGACACUGAACUGAAGACUAUAGACUCUUUUCACCGUAAACAACUACGUAUCUUACACAAAUACACUGGCCAUCAAAAAUUAACAAUAUCGGGAUUACCUAAUUUUUUUUCUGGCUUUGACAAUGUUCUUGGUUUAAAUAAAUUAAAUUAA